CAUACGUACGCUCCUUAGGGUGGAAACCACUGCGCAUGCGUGGAUCAUUCGAUGACUGCUAGUCUGGCUAACAGCUAGCUGCGAAGCCGACAUGGAGAGAAAAGUUUUGGCACUCCAAGCGAGGAAGAAGAGAGCAAAGGCAAAGAAAUCCAGCAAAAAACAGCCGGCUCACCCCAGAGCUCUGCCCCAGCCGCAGCCAGAAGCCUCUCCACAGGAGCCCGAGGAGGAGAUCCUGGGCUCUGACGAUGAGGAGCAGGAGGAUCCAAACGACUACUGCAAGGGUGGCUAUCACCAUGUGAAGAUAGGAGACCUUUUCAACGGGAAGUAUCAUGUCAUCAGAAAGCUGGGAUGGGGACACUUCUCCACAGUGUGGCUGGCGUGGGACAUCCAGGUGAAGCAUUUCGUGGCAAUGAAAGUAGUGAAAAGCGCAGAGCACUAUACCGAAACGGCCGUGGACGAGAUCAAACUCCUCAGAUCUGUACGAAACUCUGACCCCGAUGACCCCAACAGGGAGAUGGUGGUCCAGCUGCUAGACGACUUCAAGAUCUCCGGCGUUAACGGAACUCAUGUGUGCAUGGUGUUCGAGGUCCUGGGACAUCACCUGUUGAAGUGGAUCAUUAAGUCAAACUACCAGGGUCUGCCGCUGCCCUGUGUCAAGAGCAUCAUACGACAGGUUCUGCAGGGCCUGGACUACCUGCACACCAAGUGUCAGAUCAUCCACACGGACAUCAAGCCGGAGAACAUCCUGAUGAGCGUGGACGAGCCCUAUAUCAGGAGGCUGGCUGCCGAGGCCACGGAGUGGCAGCGGGCUGGAGCCCCGCCCCCCUCCGGCUCCGCAAUAAGCACUGCGCCGGUGCCGAAGCAAACGCUCAAGAUGUCCAAGAACAAGAAGAAGAAGCUAAAGAAGAAGCAGAAGCGGCAGGCGGCGCUGCUGGAGAAGUGCAUCAUGGACCUGGAGGAGAUGGAGGAGAUGGAGAAGGUGGAGGAGGAGGAGGACGAUGACGACGACGAAGACCCCCAGUCUCCCAAGGCGAGGGCCUGCGCCCCCCUCCGACAGCUGUCUCUACGGGACAUAGGGGAGGAGGAAACGGCCGAGUGCAGCGUGACUGCAGAUGUAACCAGGCUGGGGCUGGACGGGCCAGAGAAGAACUGCAACGGCCUCACCUGCUGCACCGAGGUGGGGGUGGUGGAGCAGCAGCAGCAGCAGCAGGAGGAGGAGGAGGAGGGCAGGGAGGAGUCGAGGCUGCCCGGGGGCAGGGAGGAAGACCAGCACAACGGCAACACGGAGCAACUCGCCGCCCGGGACGGAGGCAAGAGGCAGCGGCCCACCUGCAACGGGGCGCCGGCCGGCCAACAAGGGGACGGAAAAGCUGAGGACACCCAGAGCAGCAGGGGUGCGAGGAGGGCGACCCCCGGUGGAAGACCGGAGGAGGGCGAGCUGGAGCAGAGUAGGACUCUAGAGGAGGAGGAGGAGGGGGAGGAGGAGGCCGAGGGGAGGGCUGGCUGUCGGAACGGAGCCCAGGAGAGCGUGAGAAACGGCAAGCUUUCAGCAGGUGCACUGCUAGUCAACCCUUUGGAGCCAGUGAAUGCAGACAAGAUCAAGGUGAAGAUCGCAGACCUGGGCAACGCCUGCUGGGUGCACAAGCACUUUACAGAAGACAUCCAGACCCGGCAGUACCGCUCCCUGGAGGUGCUCAUUGGCGCUGGCUACAGCACACCGGCAGACAUCUGGAGCACGGCCUGCAUGGCCUUCGAGCUGGCCACCGGGGACUACUUAUUCGAACCACAUUCUGGGGAAGAUUAUUCCAGGGACGAAGACCACCUUGCUCUCGUAAUCGAGUUGCUGGGUCAAAUCCCACGCCACCUUGCCCUGAGUGGGAAAUUCUCACAGGAAUACUUCACCAAGAGAGGUGACCUGAAGCACAUCACCAAGCUGAAGCCAUGGGGGCUGCUGGAGGUGCUGGUGGACAAGUACGAGUGGCCCCGCGAGGAGGCCGACUGCUUCGCCGACUUCCUGCUCCCCAUGCUGGACCUGGUCCCCGAGAAGAGGGCCACGGCGGCCGAAUGCCUACGCCACCCCUGGAUCGCCAUCUAGUGGCGCCCUCCUGCCAUUGCACCUCCCCUCUCCCUUCUCCUCCUCUCAUUCUCCAGAGACUGCAACAGAUCACUUUCCAGUUUGGGCAUAUCUGAUAAAUAUUUAUUAUUUCUUUGUUUGUUUUUUUUGUUUGGUUAUCUUGUUCUUAUCAUUGGGGUGUUGAUCGUAUGUAUGUUUUACUUUUCCGUGUGUCCGUUCAUCUCUCCCUUUGUAUUGAUGGUGUAGGGAUCCCAGUGACUUUGUUAUUUCAUGCUUGUGAGUGGUUCAUGCUUCGUAACCACCCCCCCUCUCUCCACCUCCACUGUAUAUCAUUUAGACGUUUCCCUGUAAUUUUAGUCGCUCAUCCUUGGUUGGUUUUCAUUCUGCACUAAAAAAACAAACAAACUUAAAACCUCAAGGAUAUGUAGAUGGUUCGGUUUAACCUGUCCCUCUCCUCCAUGGAAAAUAAGAAAAGAAAAAAAAAGACUCAAUGUGUUUCUCUUACAGUUUCAUUAAUGUCGUGUUCUCUCCUUUUAUUACUUGUUUUAUCUUGUAUUCAAUGACACAUUUUUUUGUAUUUGUUAGAUUAGUGUAUGGACAUUGGACAACAGGCUGACCAUUUUCACAUGAUACGCCGUAACGAUAUGCAGAGAUUAUUUUCCAAUCAUAAUCAUUUGUUUUUAGUUGAAACAUUAACAUCUGUUGCCGUAGGUCCUUUUUAGGCUUAGCUAAAUCUAUCACCUGACAUAGUGUGGUUGGUUGUAAUGAAAUACUUAAUUCUCAUGGGAGGCUGGCAUUCUCAUACAUUUAUAACAUUUCAGCAAUAUGAUGUUUGGGAAGGUUUCAAUAAGAUGGCAUGUUAAGAAGCCCAUUAUAAGGUAAAAGGAAAAAAAACAAGUAAAAAAAAUAAACUGUCUGUAUAUACCUGUACCAAAGAGUUUGCCUUGUUAUGUAUAUUACAGCUGUGUACAGUUUUUAACAGAUCGCACUAUGUCUUAGCUAAAGUACCUUUAGCUAGGUAGUAUUGUUUUAAUAAAGCAUUUGGAAGAACUGUCCAAGCUCAUUUGUAUGUAAGGCCAACUGUUCCAUAAUGUCUUCUCCCCAUAGAAAUGGUCAAACUUGAAAUAACAUUGUUCUCAAUUAAACAAUUCUACAAAGACUC